GAUGUAAUAAGGAGCAGAGCUACGCUAAGCACUAGCAGACAGGAUGCGUCUGGACCUGGUGUUGGUGUGUGUGGCCGCUGUGACUCUCUCUCUCCCCGCUCCCUCAACAUGUGACCCACUCUAUGUGAUGUUGGCUCCUAACCUCCUGAGGGUGGGCACCCCAGAGAAGGUGUUUGUGGAGGCCCAGGACUACAGUGGUAGCGCCUUUGACGUCACACUCACGGUGAUGGACUUCCCCAGAAAGACCAGGGAAAUUGACACCAAGACGGUGACCCUGAAUGCAACGAACAACUACCUAGGACUUACUGAGAUAACAAUCCCUGACUCUGGCAGACACUUCUUUGGUGAGGCUUCAGUCGAGAACCAGUAUGUUUAUCUGCAAGCGACUUUCCACGACCAAUCUCUGGAGAAGAUCGUGCUGCUCUCCUUCCAGUCGGGAUACAUCUUUGUGCAAACUGACAAAACCAUAUACACUCCUUCAAGCACAGUUAGGUACAGAAUCUUCUCACUGAGUCCAGGACUAAAACCCAUUCACUCGGGCAUCUCUGUGGAAAUCAUGACCCCUGAUGGAAUUACCAUUUCCAGAGAAAUCCUCUACCCUGAUAAAGGCAUUCGAUCUGGAGAGAUCAAGCUUCCCGAUAUUGUCAGCUUCGGAAUGUGGAAGGUUGUCACCCGGUUCCAGAGCACACCACAAAGAAACUUCACGACUCAGUUUGAGGUCAAGACAUACGUUCUUCCCAGCUACGAGGUCACCCUGAUUCCAAAAUCCCCUUUCUUGUAUGUUGAUGAUGAUGAUCUUAAGGUUGACAUUUUAGCAAGGUAUUUCUACGGAAGAGAGGUGACAGGCACAGGCUUGGUCAUUUUCGGUGUGAUGACAAAGGACAGUGUGAAGAAAAGUCUACCUGGGUCUUUGAGGAGGGUUGAGAUCCGAGAGGGCAAAGGAGAAGCCCUGUUGACGAAAGAGCAGAUCAGAGACACCUUUCCGGACACAAACCAAUUGGUUGGUUUGUCUCUAUAUGUGAAAGUAAGCGUGUUAACAGAGACAGGAAGUGAAAUGGUCGAGGCAGAGAAGCAAGGCAUAAAGAUCGUCACGUCUCCAUACACCAUUAACUUCAAGAGGACCCCGAGAUACUUCAAGCCAGGAAUGCCCUUUGAUGUCUCGGUAUAUGUUACUAAUCCCGAUCACUUGCCUGCAAGUGACAUUGCGAUAGAGGUGAUAACUGCCACAGAUGGAAUCAUAGAAGCAACAACCAGAGGAAAUGGAAUGAUCAAGGUCACCGUGAACACAGUAGAUGGGGACAACACCCUGUUCAUAGAGGUGAAGACUAAAGUCUUGGGGCUGCUGGAGGCCAGGCAAGCUGAGCUGAACAUGACGGCCGUGGCGUACCGGACCACCGGAGGGUCCAGGAACUACCUGCACAUCGGGGUGCCCCCCAGUGUGUUGACCAUAGGUCAGCAAAUCAAGAUGAGCCUCUAUGUCGGCAAUAGCCCUGGCGCCAAGGACCAAGACUUCACCUAUCUGAUCCUGAACAAAGGGCAGUUGGUGCGUGCUGAAAGGAUAAAGAGACAUGGCCAGACUCUGGUGACUUUGUCCUUACCGGUGACCAAGGACAUGGUCCCCUCCUUCCGUAUCGUGGCCUACUACCAUGUGGGCUCGUCUGAGGUGGUGUCUGACUCAGUCUGGGUGGACGUGAAGGACACCUGCAUGGGAACGCUCAGAGUGGAACUUGCUGAUCCACAAAAGGAGUACAGGCCUCAUAAACCUUUCAGUCUCUCCAUCACGGGAGACCCUGGGGCUAGGGUGGGCCUGGUGGCUGUGGAUAAAGGAGUCUACGUCCUCAACAACAAGCACAGACUCACCCAGAGCAAGAUUUGGGACGUUGUUGAGAGACUCGACACUGGCUGCACAGCAGGUAGUGGUAGAGACAGCUUGGGAGUUUUCUCUGAUGCUGGGCUGGUGUUUGAGUCAAGCACUGCAGGAGGAACUGACACCAGGACAGUUCACACGUGUUCCACUCCCAUCAAAAGAAGUCGGCGUUCCCUCUCAUCCAUGGACAUGCAGUCUACACUGGUGAGCCAGUAUGAGGGCGAGGGCCUGCGGGGCUGCUGUGGGGAUGGCCUGAGAGCUGACCUGGCAGGCAGGAGCUGUGAGCGGCGGGCCGAGUACGUGAGCGCGGAGGCCUCCUGCGCCCAGGCCUUCCUGCACUGCUGCAGGGAGAUGAGGGGCUUUGAGGAGAGGGCACGGGCCAACAGUGAGGCACAGUCUGCCCGGAUGCUCCUCGCACGGAGCGAUGAUGAUGAUGACAUGUACUUGAGCUCAGAGGACAUCGUGUCCCGUACACAGUUCCCUGAGAGCUGGCUCUGGGAGGACCUGACCUUGCCACACUGUCCUAGGGACAGCAAUCACUGUUCCACAACUUCAACUCAAAUGACAAAAUACCUGAAGGAUUCAGCCACCCGCUGGCAAAUCACUGCAAUCAGCCUCUCUGAAACUCAUGGUAUGUGCGUGGCAGAGCCCUUGGAACUGGUCGUCACAAAGAACUUCUUCAUUGACCUCCGUCUUCCUCACUCUGCCAAGCGUGGCGAACAGCUGGAAAUUAAAGCUGUUCUUCAUAACAACCACAUGGAUACACUACAGGUGCGUGUGGAGCUGUUGGAGACGGAGCACGUCUGCAGCGUGGCUUCAAAAAGGGGCAGCUACCAGACCACGGUGAAACUGGAGGGCAUGACAUCACGCGACCUCUCCUUCAUCAUCAUCCCCAUGGUGCUCGGCUCACACACGAUUGAGGUCAAGGCGGCGGUGUUCGACACAUUCUAUAGCGACGGCAUCAAGAAGGAACUGCGCGUGGUGCCUGAGGGAGUAUUGACAAAGAUCCAGGUCACUCAAAUUCCACUCAAUCCAUCUUUGCAUGGUGGGGCUCAGAGACAGGAAAUCAAGUUUGAACAUCUGAGACGGCAGGUGCCAAACACCCCGGCGAGCACACACAUACGAGUGCAAGGCCAGGAGUUGAGUGAUUUCAUAGUAAACGCGAUCAGUGGAGAGUCUAUGGAUUCUCUCCUUAACAUUCCCUAUGGGAACGGAGAAGAGAACUUGGUCACCAUGGCGAUGCCCCUUAUUGCCACUCAUUAUUUGGACCAUACCAAUCAGUGGGACAAAGUGGAUGUGCAAAAAAGAGCUGAGGCAGUGGGAUACAUCCGAAUGGGCUACCAGCAGCAGCUCGGCUUCCGCAAACCUGACGGCUCGUUCGGGGCUUUCCGGAAGUCUCCUAGCAGCAUCUGGCUCACAGCCUUUGUGGUCAGAAUGUUGUCCAUGGCUGAUGACAUCAUCAGCAUUGAGGAGGAGGUGGUGUGCAGCGCCCUCCAGUGGCUGGUCCUCAACACUCAGCAGCCGAAUGGAUCUUUCAAAGAGUCUACACCAAUCACCUAUGUUAUGGAAAGCACGGGCAAAGUGUAUGGAAAAGACUGUGAUGCUUCUUUGACGGCGUUUGUGCUCAUCGCCAUGCAGGAGGGGAGACGAAUCUGCACGGGACAUGUUAGUGGUCUUUUGGGGGGGAUGGGAAGAGCUUCCCAGUACCUGCAGCUGAGAAUCCACACGUUAAAGAAUCCCUACGCUGUAACCAUAGUUUCAUAUGCUCUCGCAGACUCUGGGAAACUUAACAAAGACAUUCUCUUUCAACACAACUUAAAUGAUGGUCCGGUGUGGCCGGUCCCUGGAGGCCAUCAGUACACACUGGAGGCGACGGCCUAUGCCCUCCUGGCCUUGCUGAGGAUGAGGGAGUUUGAUUGGGCCAGCACCGUUGCACAGUGGCUCAACUCACAGAGGAGGGACCGAGGAGGCUAUGGGUCCACUCAGUCCACCCUGAUGGUUUAUCAGGCCGUGGCCGAAUACAGGAGAUGCAUGCGGACGCUGCAUGAAGUCAACCUAGAGGUCAACAUUGACGUGUCUGGCCGCAGCAGACCCAUCAUGUGGACUUUCAAUAAGGGAAACGCCUACGUCAGCCGCUCCGAUAAGCUCCAGCUGAAUCAGAACCUGACUGUGACUGCCAAGGGAAAUGGAGAGGGAACACUUUCAGUGAUGACCAUGUACUAUGCGCCACCCACGGAUAAGGAUAAGGCAUGCAACAACUUCAGGCUUAAUCUGACUCUGGAAAAGCAAGCUAAAGUGUCACAUGAUGGAGCCAGCGCAAGCUAUAUCCUGAAGAUUGAUGUCAUGUAUAUUUCUGAGGACAGGGAUGCUGGCUUAUCUGUCCUCAGCGUCGGACAGCUUACAGGAUAUGUGGUGGAUGUUAACGAUCUCAACAGGCUGUCCUCAGGAAGAGAGAGAUAUAUUCAGACCUUUGAGAUGGAUAACAUUAUGUCACAGGAAGGCUCCCUCCUCAUCUACCUGAACAAGGUGUCUCAUGAGAGACCAGACACUAUUGCCUUCAGGAUUCAUAAGAGGCUAGACGUGGGGCUACUCCAACCUGCUGCAGUUACUGUGUAUGAGUACUAUGAUAUUGAGAAUCACUGCGUGCAGUUUUACCACCCUGACAAGCUCAGUGGAUCCUUAAACCGUCUCUGCCAUAACGAUGUCUGCAGAUGUGCUGAAGAGAGCUGCAGUAUACAGAAGAAUGAACAAAUAGAAGGAGACAAGGAACGAGAUUAUGUAGCAUGUGAGGCUGGCAUGGACUAUGUUUACAAAGUCACAGUGGAGAACACAAAUCUGACCGCUCACACAGAUGUGUACAACAUGAGAGUUACCCGGGUCGUCAAAGAAGGUAGUGACCCUGCAGUCAUGGGUGAUACUCGCAUAUUUGUGGCCCAUCCUUCCUGUAGGCGGGGUUUAGACCUGAAACAAGGCCUAUCCUACCUUCUGAUUGGUCACCGAAAGGACAUCAUGAGGCAUGAUGGGAGGGUUCAGUAUGUUCUCGGGGAGCGCACCUGGGUUGAAUACUGGCCCACUGAAGGGGAGAGUAAAAGUCCUGAAUUUAGAGAAAAAUACGGAAGCAUUCAAAACUUUGCCCAGGAACUCAGUGAAUUGGGCUGCCAGUACUGAUGUACUCCCCAUCACUAGCCACUCUUAAUGGGUUUUCUCACAUGAGCAAAUCUCUCUCUCUCUCUCGCUCUCUCUCUCUUUAUAUAUAUAUAUAUCUACAGGAGUUAAUGGCAUAAGACAAUCACAAACAAUCAUCAUUUUUUUUGCAUUCUGUACCUUUGUUUAAGAAAAAGGAAUUUUGUGAUAAUACAAUAAUUAAAUGCAGUGGAAAUCUA